CGAUGCUGCUCUGCGUGAGAGGAUUCCGGCUCUGGGCUGCCCGUCGCGCGGCCCCGGGCGGCCCUGGGGUCUCGCGGGACCUCCUCUCCCGCGCGGGCGAGCUGGACAGAUAUGGGGGCCUGUCGGUGCACCUGGCGCGGAUCGGCGCCCUGCAGGAUUUGGAUACCACCGCCUUCAGGAAGCUCCUCCUGGCUACAAUGCAGCAGUGGCGAUCUGAGGGCCGAACAGCUGUGUGGCUGCACAUUCCCAUCCAGCAAAGCCGAUUCAUUGCCCCUGCUGCUUCCCUGGGCUUCUGCUUCCACCAUGCAGAAUCUGACUCCUCUACGCUGACUCUGUGGUUGGGAGAAGGACCCAGCAGACUGCCAGGAUAUGCCACACAUCAAGUUGGAGUUGCAGGUGCUGUGUUUGAUGAAAGUACUAGAAAAAUACUGGUUGUACAAGAUCAAGAUAAAUUGAAAAACAUGUGGAAGUUCCCAGGAGGCCUGUCAGAGCCUGGAGAAGAUAUUGGAGACACUGCAGUCCGAGAAGUUUUUGAGGAGACUGGAAUAAAGUCAGAAUUCCAGUCCCUCCUGAGCAUUCGGCAGCAGCACACCAGUCCUGGAGCCUUUGGGAAAUCAGACAUGUAUAUUAUCUGCCGCCUCCGGCCAUAUUCCUUCACCAUAGAUUUCUGCCCUCAUGAAUGCUUACGGUGUGAGUGGAUGGACCUCAAUGACCUAGCCAAGACUGAAAAUACGACCCCCAUCACCCACAGGGUUGCUAGGCUGCUGCUGUAUGGGUACAGAGAGGGGUUUGACAAGAUUGACUUUACCAUGGAAGAACUUCCAGCAGUGCACACAGGACUGUUUUACAAACUCUAUCAUAAGGAACUGCCAGAGAGCUACAAAACCAUGACAGGGAUGGAUUAACUCACAUUUGCAUGUUUUAAACUGUACAUGUAUACUAAUGUAUGACAGAAGACAUCAAGAACUUUGGAACUGACUAGAUACCAGAUGUUAAUUUUCUUUUUUUCCCCAAUGUUAAUUUUCUAAUGUGGGGUUGGAGAGAUGGUUUAGUGGUUUAGGUGUUUGCCUGCAAAGUGAAAGGAUCCAGGUUCUAUUUCUCAGGACCCACAU